AGACCCAACCCCGUAUCCCUCUCUCCUCUGGGAGAAGGAAAAGGGAAGGAAACAGACAGCCGUUGAGCACCAGUGGCAUCCUGAGCUCCGCUUCUACCACUUCCAACCUGUCAAGAAGUAAAACUCGCUAUCGGACCAAAGCUGUGAGCUCUGAGGUGGAUGAGAACCUCUUCGGAGUGAUCAAGCCCUUAUCACAGGCCCCCAGUGACAGCCCCAUUGUGCUGCUCCGAGAUAAGCAUGCCAUUCAGAGAUCUCUCACUGCACCGAGAAUGGACCACAAGCCAGAGACCAUUCAGCUAAUCACUCGGGACAUGGUCCGGGAGCUCAUUGUUCCCACAGAGGACCCCUCUGGGGAAUCCCUCAUCAUCAGCCCCGAGGAGUUUGAGCGGAUCAAAUGGGCAUCCCACGUCCUGACCAGGGAAGAACUCGAGGCCAAAGAUCAGGCCUUCAAGAUGGAGAAGGAAGCCAUCAUGGAUGCAGUGACAACGCGCAAGAAAAUCAUGAAACAGAAAGAAAUGGUGUGCAAGAACAACAAGAAGCUCAGCGACCUGGAGGAGGUAGCCAAGGAGAGGGCCCAGAACCUCCUGCAGAGAGCCAACAAGCUGCGGAUGGAGCAGGAAGAGGAGCUCAAGGACAUGAGCAAGAUCAUCCUCAAUGCCAAGUGCCAUGCUAUCCGGGAUGCCCAAAUCCUGGAGAAGCGACUGAUCCAAAAAGAAUUGGAAACAGAGGAGAAGCGCUUGGAUCAGAUGAUGGAAGUGGAGCGGCAGAAAUCCAUUCAAAGGCAGGAGGAACUGGAUAGGAAGAGGAGAGAGGAAAGAAUCCGAGGAAGACGGCACAUUGUGGAACAGAUGCAAAAGAACAAGGAAGAACGAUCGCUGCUUGCUGAGCAGCGGGAGCAGGAGAAGGAGCAGAUGCUGGAGUACAUCGAACAGCUCCAAGAGGAGGAUCUAAAGGACAUGGAACGAAGACACCAAGAAAAACUGAAGAUGCAAGCAGAGAUUAAGCGCAUCAAUGAUGAAAACCAGAAACAGAAAGCCGAGUUGCUGGCUCAGGAGAAAUUGGCAGACCAGAUGGUGAUGGAGUUCACCAAGAAGAAGAUGGCUCGAGAAGCAGAGUUUGAGGCUGAGCAGGAGAGGAUCCGGAGGGAGAAAGAGAAGGAGAUCGCCCGCUUGAGGGCCCUGCAGGAGAAGGCCCAGGAUUACCAGGCAGAACAGGAUGCCUUGCGGGCCAAGCGCAACCAGGAGGUUGCCGACAGAGAAUGGCGCAGAAAGGAAAAGGAAAACGCCCAGAAGAAGAUGGAAACAGAGGCCAUGCUGAGGAAGAGCCGGCUGGAACAGGUGGCUUUCAAGGAGCACGCUCUGGCUGUUCAGGUGCAACGGGACCGGGAUGAAUUCGAGAGGAUUCUUCGGGCCCAGAGAGAACAGAUAGAGAAGGAGCGGCUGGAGCAGGAGAAGAAGGCCACAGGACGCCUGCAGCACGCCAAUGAGCUAAGGCGCCAGGUGCGUGAGAACCAGCAGAAGCAGGUGCAGGACCGGAUCGCUACCUUUGAGGAGGGCCGGCGCCUCAAAGAGGAGGCCCAGAGGCGGCGUGAGCGCAUUGAUGACAUCAAGAGGAAAAAGCUUGAAGAGCUGAGAGCCACCGGCCUUCCUGAGAAGUACUGCAUUGAAGCUGAGCGAAAAGCUAAUAUCCUGCCAGUCACCUCUGUGAACUGAGGGGGCUUCUGUGUCCUGAGGAGGCCUCUGUGUCCUGAGGGGCGCCUUCGGAGGACAGAUUCUGCCCAGUCUCCUGGUGUCUUUAUUUGCUGCUAGCCUAGACAUUUCAUAGUUACAGAUUAAAUCUAUUCUUU